CGCCCCGAGCACCAGAUGCCAGACAUGGAGGAGUCCGCGCAGCCGACGCCCGCCGACCCCUCCGACCCGGAGCUCCCCAACGGCGCGCCCGAGCCCGAGCCCGUUGCCGACGCGCCCGCGUCCACGCCGGAGGAGGUGGCGGUGGAGGAGGAGGUUCCGGCGAGAUCGGCGCCGUCCGAGGGCGCGGGGACGAAUGCGGACGGCUGGCGGCCCUACACCAUGGGCGAGCUCCUCGGGGAGGCCGCGGAGGCCGCCGCCGCCGGGAGAUCCGAGUACGCGGACGGGAAUGGGACUGGAUCCGCCACCCCCGAGCGCUCCAGCCAAGACAACCUGCAGCUGUCAUCCCAUCACGACGUUGCCAUGGACUUGAUAAAUAGUGUCACUGGAGUUGAUGAGGAAGGUCGCUCUCGGCAACGUAUUCUUACCUUUGCAGCCAAAAGGUAUAUAAGUGCUAUUGAAAGAAAUCCAGAAGACCCUGAUGCGUAUUAUAACUGGGCUCUCGUCCUCCAGGAAAGUGCAGACAAUGUGGAUCCUGACUCCGAUUCUUCGAAAGAUUCAUUACUUGAGGAGGCUUGCAAGAAGUAUGCAGAAGCUACACGACUUUGCCCAACAUUGUAUGAUGCAUAUUACAACUGGGCUAUUGCUAUUGCUGAUCGGGCCAAAAUGCGCGGGCGUACCAAAGAGGCUGAAGAACUCUGGCAACAGGCUAUAAUGAACUACGACAAGGCAGUCCAGUUAAGUUGGAAUAGCCCACAGGCUCUCAACAAUUGGGGCCUUGGACUACAGGAAUUGAGUGCAAUUGUUCCUGCUAAGGAUAAACAAAAAAUCAUCAAAACAGCUAUAAGUAAGUUUCGUUCUGCCAUCCAGUUGCAGUUCGACUUCCACCGGGCUAUUUACAAUCUGGGAACUGUGCUGUAUGGCUUGGCAGAGGAUACCUCAAGGUCUGGGGGCGCAGAUAACUCUCCUAGUGACCUGUAUAGUCAGUCUGCUAUUUAUGUCGCAGCUGCUCAUGCAUUGAAGCCAAAUUAUUCGGUUUAUCGCAGUGCUCUACGGUUAGUCCGCUCAAUGCUACCUUUGCCAUAUUUGAAAGUGGGAUAUCUGACUGCUCCUCCAGCAGACGACCCCAUUGCACCACAUAAACUGUGGGAGAGAUCACAGUUUAUCCUAAACCAUGAGGAACUCCAGCAGGUCAACACCUCUGAAAGCGCUCCUGCCAAAUCGAAUGGGCUUGUGGAGAAAACCAAAAGAUUUAUCAAAGUUGAUGUUGCAGAUAUAGUUUCAGUGUCUACAUGCUCAGAUCUUACUCUACCGCCUGGUGCUGGCCUUUGUAUAAACACAACUCAUGGGCCUGUGUUCUUGGUUGCUGAGAGCUGGGAGUCCCUUGAUGGUUGGCUAGACGCUAUACGCCUCGUGUACACCAUAUUUGCUAGAGGGAGGAGUGAUGUCCUGGCAGGCAUCAUCACCGGCUGAUGGUCUUUUUGUUGUAUGUGUGACUGGGUAGAGCAACAUAUAUCAUGUAUUCUUGUCAAUUCAACCCCCUACACUUGAUUUUCAUGUAUCCCCUUGACUGCUCCGAUGUGUAUUAUUUCACAGCUUGUGUAGAGUGCGGUAUUUACCGUCUAAUUAUAGGCUCCAUACCCAUUUUGUAUUGUAAAACAUACACACGCUACUCAAGUAGCCUUCCAGAUCAAAUGGCUGUAUGCCUGUAUCUACUGCCAUUUGUUUC